AUGCCCAGAAAAAAUGAUGAAAGCAAUUUCAAUUUUACGGGUUUAUACCCCGAAUGUAGAAAUGAAUUUGAUCAAUGUAGUUCGAAAAUGCAUGGGCUCUUAUAUACUUCGUAUUCAGCGAUUUGUAGUGAUUUUAGAAAUAAUAUAAAUGCACGUUUAAGCGCUAAUUGGAAGAUAGAAGUAAUUUGCAUACAACUUCUUUUUUAUUUACAUGAUAUAAUUAAAAAAAAGCAUGAACUAAACGAUAAUAUAAAGGCACGUUGUAAUUAUUUCUAUUACAAACUACUAUAUAUAGUUAAAAAAUAUGGAGGUGGGUGUGGAAAAGGCGAUGAGUGCUACAAAUAUUUUACCGAUAUUGAUGAAAAAACAUUAGAAAUAAUGGAAUAUCUAGAUGAAAUAUAUAACCUGAUAAAUGAAUUUACAAUUUCGCAUAAUAGGACCACUGAUAAAACGCAUAAAUUUAAAUGGUGGAUAGAAAAAUUAGAAAAUCAUCCUUAUAAAAAUGAAAGCAAUCUUAAUGAAGAACUCGCAAAAAUUAUUCUAAAAUGUGAAGAGUAUAGAAAAAAUUGGAACGAUAAACGUUUUGACUAUUGGGCCGCACUUCUCUUAACUGAUAGUUGGAUGAACACAAGAAAAAUGAGUCUCAAUAGGAAAGCUUCAGAAACAACAAAAAGUAUUGAGGAACACACAGAAUCCUUGGAAACCAAAAGAGUAGGUGCUCAACCUUUAAUGAACACUGUAGCAGAUGAUGUAAAAAAUACAGGAAUUAGUAUUGGAACGGUUUUUAUAACUUUUUCAAUAUUAAUAAUAAUUUUUAUAUUGUAUAAGUAUACCCCUUAUUACUCAUUUAUAAAACCAAGAGUACACAAAUUAAGAAAAAAAUUGAAAAAAAUAACAAAAAUGAUCUGGGCCUUAUGGACAAAUUUGAUUUUGAAUACAAAAAUUCAUUUGAUGGGAGUUAUAAAAUAG